AUGGAGAUGGAGCGAGUGUCCAGAUCAACUCCAUUCAUAACCAUAACCUGCUGCUGCUUACUGCUAAACCCUCUUACAUAUGCUGCCUUUUUAGCAGUAUACAAAACACCAUCCCAACAAUGGACAGGGACAGGGACAGGGACGCCAUGGUUUUCAAAAUCUCCAGAAAACAGAGGACAAGAUGAUUCUCUAAAGUUUCUUUUGGAGAGACUUGUUACAGGGGGCGAUCGAGCGAGUGGCUUUGCGUGUGAUGUUGCACCUCAUUUAGUUGUUUGCGUGUCAAAUCAGCAAGUUAAAAUUGAAACUAUGAAUUUGAAAGUUCAUGUUCCGAUUUCAUCCUAUAAUCAAACCGAGACCAUGGUCCAACCGUAUGCAAGGCAAGAAGAUAAAGCUCUUAUGAAAUGGAUAACACCUGUUCAUGUACUUUUACAGAAGAUGAAAACUACAACACCUGUAAAUUGUAAUUAUACCCACAACGUCCCUAUUAUCGUAUUCUCAUCUGGCCUAAAUGUAAAUCUAUUCCAUGAAAUCAGCGAAAUCGUGAUCCCACUUUUCAUCACAGCUCGCCAUUUUGGAUCUAGUGUACAUUUAAUGGUUACCGAUUACCAACCUUGGUUUGCCCAAAAAUAUAGCCGUAUUCUCACGCGAUUGUCUCGUUAUCAAGUUAUAGAUACCACUUCGAAUGCAAGUGAUCACUGUUUUCCAGGAGCAGUGGUUGGGCUGAAAUAUCAUGGGAAUCUCUCUUUGAAUCCUGAUUCCAUUCCAGGAGGCCACACCAUGCUAGAAUUCAAGGAGUUUCUCAGAGAAACAUAUAGUCUGAAGAUCAAAAACGCAAAAGAGAUAGACAAGCCGACCUUGCUCCUCGUUUCCAGAAAGAAGUCAAGACCGUUUGAAAAUGAAGAUGAGAUGGUUGGAAUGAUGGAAUAG